AUGUUUGGUAGCGGCGGCAACAUCAACGACGCCAGUAACAGCAACGACGCCAGCUCGCCCGGCUCCCCGCCCGACAGUAAGGAGGGCGGCGAGUCCUCUGUCGGCUCCCCCUCCUCUUCUUCGUCGCAUCGUCGCUCCGAAAAGGACAAGAAGGAGGAGAAGCCGUCCCACCACAAGAAGAAGACGUCGAAGGCACGCGAUCUGAUCACUUCGGCGAAGAACUCCAUCGGCGGCGCCAUCAACAGCAUCGCGGCUGAGGACAAGAAGAAAUCCUUCCGCGUGCUCCCGAGCACCGACCAAGAUGUGCAGCUGGUAUCCCCCGGCUACCUGAACAAUGCCGCGGGCGACUCGAGACCCGGGCCCAGAACCACGUUUCGCGUCGGCGUCACGGAAGACAAGAACAAAAAGUGCCGCAGGACUAUGGAGGACACGCAUUCGUUCCUGUACAACUUCCUCGCGAGCAGUCCGGACGGCGAUAGCCCGGCCGAGGAGGACUCGGAUAACGGGUACUUCGCCAUCUUUGACGGACACGCGGGCACCUACGCUGCUGAGUGGUGCGGACGCCGGCUGCAUCAUGUGCUCGAGGAGAUGAUCCGCAAACAUCCGAAUACGCCCAUUCCGGAGCUGCUCGAUAUGACGUUUACAAACUGCGACGGCCAGCUCGAGAAGUUGCCGGUAAAGAAUAGUGGUUGCACAGCGGUGUGUGCAGUGCUGCGCUGGGAGGAUAGAGCCGCCCCUGGCUUGCAUCUGCCCACCGCCGCCGUGGAACCCCGCGAGAAGAAUAGCACUACCGCCGCCGUAAGCGACGAGAACGCAAAACCGAACUCAUCCCCGACGCCUCCCGCGACGCGUACCGAGAGACAGCGUGUCCUCUAUACCGCCAACGUCGGAGACGCAAGAAUCGUGUUGUGUCGCGGUGGAAAGGCUUUGAGGUUGAGUUAUGACCAUAAGGGUAGUGACGAGAAUGAGGGAAAGAGAGUCGCCAAUGCGGGUGGUUUGAUCUUGAACAACCGUGUCAAUGGUGUUUUGGCUGUCACUCGUGCUCUCGGAGAUAGCUACAUGAAGGAGUUGGUGACUGGGCAUCCAUACACGACCGAGAGCGUCGUCCAGCACGAUCUCGACGAGUUCAUCAUCCUAGCAUGCGACGGUCUAUGGGACGUCUGCACCGACCAGGAAGCCGUCGACCUCGUCCGCUACGUCAAAGACCCGCAGGAGGCCAGCAAGAUUCUCGUCAACCACGCGUUGAGUCGCAUGUCGUCCGACAACCUGAGCUGUAUGAUUGUGCGGUUAGAUCCGAGCGGGAAGUUUGAGGGCGUCGACUCGUCGCCCAUUGGUUCUCCAGAGCCGAAAGCGGAUGCGGGCGAGGACUGGCGAGAAGGUCGCUAA